UUCUUAGUUGCAGAACGAAAAUGGCGAACUUUGAUCGCAUCAGCGAAAACAUGCAGCACUGUGUUUCACUCUACGCCAUACCAGCUGGUUUAACUGCAGCAUCUUUAGGGAUAUUGUUUUUUCUUAAAAAGUUUGGAAUAGUAUAUAAUCUUUUCCAUAAGGUGGAUGAAAAAUCAACUCGCCAUGGUGGUGAACUUGUUGCACAAGUGUUAAAGGCCCACAAUAUUAAGCAUAUUUUUACUCUUGCUGGGGGUCACAUAUCACCAAUUUUGGUUGCCUGUGAGAAAAUAGGAGUCAGAGUUGUUGACACAAGACAUGAGGUAACCGCAGUAUUUGCUGCUGAUGCUGUAGCUAGAAUGUCAGGAACUGUGGGUGUGGCUGCAGUCACUGCAGGUCCAGGUGUAACAAAUACAGUCACAGCAGUAAAGAAUGCACAGAUGGCAGAGUCCCCUCUGCUUCUUAUUGGAGGUGCAGCUGCUACCCUUCUUAAAGGCAGAGGAGCGCUACAAGAUAUUGAUCAGAUCUCAUUAUUUAAACCUCUGUGCAAGUACUGUGCCACUGUAAAAACAGUUCGAGAUAUUGUACCAACACUGAGGAAAGCUCUUCAGAUUGCACAAUCUGGAACACCUGGUCCAGUGUUUGUUGAAUUCCCUAUCGACACUUUGUAUCCAUAUCAUUUGGUGAGAAAAGAAAUUGGAAUGAAAGAUAAAGGACCAGCAAGCUUGGGACAAAAAAUAGUUGAUUGGUAUCUUAACAAUCAUCUGUCAACUCUGUUUGCUGGUGCUUGGGAGUCAAGAGAAACUGGACCACUGCAAGUUCACCAUCCUAAAGCUUCAAAUGCCCAGAUUCAAAAAUGCAUAGAACUGAUAUCCAGAGCAAAGAAACCAGUUAUUCUGCUUGGAAGUCAAGCAACUUUGCCACCAACUCCAGUAGAGGAUUUAAGAAAAGCUUUAGAGACAUUGGGUAUUCCCUGCUUUCUUGGUGGGAUGUCCCGUGGCUUACUAGGCAGAUACAGUAGCAUACAAGUUAGACAGCAAAGAAGGGAGGCACUACGUGAAGCUGACUUAAUUGUCCUAGCCGGUGCAGUAUGUGAUUUUCGGCUAAGCUAUGGGCGAGUGUUUCCUAGAAAAACAAAAAUCAUAUCCAUUAAUCGGGAUAAAGAUCAAUUAUUGAAGAACUCAGACAUGUUUUGGAAACCUACACUUGCUGUGCAGUCAGAUGUUGCCAGCUUUCUUGUCUCUGUCAUUGGUAAAUUGAAAGGUUACAAGUGUGAUCCUGAUUGGGUUAAAACAUUACAAACUCGGGAUCAAGAAAAAGAAGCUGCCAAUGUGGCCAAAUGCUCAGAAGUGACAGAUGUGCAUCUGAACCCUGUGAAGGUACUUCAUGCUGUAGAAAAUGUUCUUUCAGAUGAUGCUAUUCUGGUAGCAGAUGGUGGAGACUUUGUUGCAACAGCUGCAUACAUUCUAAGACCCAGAGGACCCCUCCGGUGGCUUGAUCCAGGAGCCUUUGGUACAUUGGGAGUCGGGGGAGGUUUUGCUCUUGGUGCUAAACUUUGCCGCCCUGAGUCUGAUGUUUGGAUUAUUUAUGGUGACGGGUCACUUGGAUACAGUAUUGUUGAGUUUGACACUUAUACAAGACACAAGACACCUAUACUAGCUGUUGUAGGAAAUGAUGCAAGCUGGAUGCAGAUUGCUAGAGAACAAGUCCCUAUGUUUGGUACCGAUGUUGCCUGUAAAUUGGAGUUUUGUAAUUACGAAACGGCAGCUGAAGGCUUGGGUGGUAAAGGCUUUAGAUUGGACCGCACUAAUGAAGGUGAGAUGGAGAAAGUCUUGCACAAGGCACUAGAGCUCAGCCGGUCUGGAAGUAGUGUCCUCAUCAACGUCCUUAUCGGAAAGACCAACUUCCGUGAAGGCAGUAUUUCUGUUUAAUUUUUUCAUUAAAAAAAACUUUUGGAAGUAUAGGGCUUUUAUAAGCCUAGUUGUUAUACGUUCAUUCAAACUUUUUACCUUUUUUUUACAAAUCAAUGAGAAACUGAUACUUUUUGAAUUGCCUUCAUUGUGUAACCGUCCCAAUCAUGUAUACAUUAUUUAUUCUUUGUAUUUGUUAAAUGUGAUUAUAUACACAAACAUGAUGUGCCAUUAAAAAAUUAAACAGACAUUAUUUAAUCUGUAAAUGCAAAUUUUAAUAAACUUUACAAUAAAUCACUGAAAUUAAAUUAUAGUUUAAUUUGUAUUAAUUACCUUUUCAAUACAUAAUUCUUAUUUUUCUUUUUAUUAUUUCAAUCCCUUUUUUCAUAAAAAUGUAAUAAUAAUUUAAAAUUUGUAAUUUAUCAUUAUAAUUGUUAUGUAGGAGUAAUUUUAAAUAAAAACUGUAUUGCAUUGUGAUGUUGUUUACAAAGGAAUGAGCAUCUAAUAUUUUAAAUCUAAUUUUGAUACCUGGUUUAUCAAUUUAAUGUUGUCUUAAAUAAAACUUGUUUCUUCUGUGUCAAAUUUUUAACAUAGACCCCAUUUUUAAUUUUCAAUAUUUAAAUUGUUUUGUUUUAAUAUCAUAAGAAAUCUUGAUUGCCAUGUUAUGAUGUAUUCAGCUAUUUGCUUGAAGGGUUAAGUUUUUCAGUCAACACUUAGUUGCAGCUCAGGAAAAAAGGGAAAUAGAAAAAUGGAAUUUAUGUAAAUGAUAUUGAUAUUUCAUAAGCAAAUGAUAUACAAUUCCAUCUAGCGGCUAUUUCUGACUUCAAUUUAUAAUAGUCUGAAAUACUUUAAAGUACUUUGUACUUCUUUUAAAUUCUAUUGUGUAAAAUUAUUUUAAAAGGUGUAAAUUUACAAAAAAAAAAAAAAAAAAAAAAACCCAGUGUAAUUAAUCAGAAUCUAAUUUUGUUAGUUUUAAAAUUAAGUUCAUGUCAAAUAUGUUAGUAGGCCUGUUUUAUUUCUUUUUGUCUAAAAAUUUAGAAGCAAGUGAAAACCAUUUGUUUUGCAAUCUUUGAAAUAAAAUUGUUGAAGUACACUCUAAUUGAAAUCAGAUUUUUUU